CGAAGGGAAUAAUGAAAUCGCAAAACGGAUCUUUUUCAUCGUCCACUGCUCAGAGACGGAAGAUCUGAGCUCGAAUGAUCCUGGAGUAGAAUUUCUCUUAGAUCGUUUGAUCUGAAGAACUAGACAAUGGGAAUCGUGUUCACGAGGUUGUUCUCCAAUCUGUUCGGCAACAAAGAAGCUCGCAUCCUCGUCCUCGGUCUCGAUAAUGCCGGAAAAACCACCAUCCUCUAUCGGCUUCAGAUGGGGGAGGUGGUAUCCACGAUUCCGACAAUUGGAUUUAACGUCGAGACUGUGCAGUACAACAAUAUCAAGUUUCAGGUCUGGGAUUUGGGUGGUCAGACUAGCAUCAGGCCAUACUGGCGAUGCUAUUUCCCAAAUACACAAGCAGUGAUCUAUGUUGUUGAUUCGAGUGAUAGAGAUCGAAUCGGAGUGGCGAAAGAGGAGUUCCAUGCAAUUUUGGAGGAGGAGGAAUUGAAAGGUGCAGUGGUUCUCAUAUUUGCAAACAAACAGGAUCUUCCAGGGGCACUGGAUGAUGCCGCAGUGACCGAGGCCUUGGAGUUGCAUAAGAUUAAGAGUCGUCAAUGGGCCAUCUUCAAAACUUGUGCUGUCAAAGGUGAAGGUCUUUUCGAGGGCUUAGACUGGUUGAGUAAUAUCUUGAAGUCGGGAAGCGGAUAAAGUUUCUCUUCAGACAGAUCUCAGACUCCCAGGCAAGGCAGCAACAAUGUAUCUUUCUCUCCGUUUUUCCUAUCGUUUCCUUUGUGUCGUUGAAAGAAGUUCUCAAAUCAGUCAAUGAGAUAUUCUCCUCUUAUGUUUUGUUUUUUUGAAAGGAUUAGUUAGACAACGGAUUCGUGACCCCUAAAUAUAGUAUUUUUUUUAACACUGAACAUAAAAACCAACCAAAAGAAGAGAAAAGACCUCUUAAUGUUUUUUA